UGUGAUGGGUACCCUUAAUAUGUUGGGACUUGCUAAGAGAAUCGGUGCAAGGUUUCUCCUUACUAGCACUAGUGAGGUGUAUGGAGACCCUCUUGAGCAUCCACAAAAAGAAACAUAUUGGGGACAUGUCAACCCUAUAGGUGUGCGGAGUUGUUAUGAUGAAGGAAAGCGAACUGCCGAAACUUUAACAAUGGAUUAUCACCGUGGUGCGGGUGUUGAGGUGCGUAUUGCACGUAUUUUCAAUACAUAUGGGCCUCGGAUGUGUCUAGAUGAUGGACGUGUUGUUAGCAAUUUCGUUGCUCAGGCUAUUCGUAGAGAACCGAUGACAGUCUAUGGUGAUGGAAAGCAAACUCGAAGCUUCCAGUAUGUCUCGGACCUGGUUGACGGACUAAUGGCACUGAUGGAAGGCGAGCACAUAGGCCCAUUCAAUCUCGGAAAUCCUGGAGAAUUCACCAUGCUGGAGCUUGCAAACGUUGUCAAAGAAACCGUAGAUUCGAGUGCAACUAUAGUAUUCAAACCAAAUACGGAUGACGAUCCCCACAAACGGAAACCAGAUAUCAGCAAAGCGAAAGAACUCUUGAAUUGGGAGCCCAAAGUGUCGUUAAGAGACGGGCUACCUCUUAUGGUAUCCGAUUUUAGGAACCGGAUUCUAAAUCAGGAUGAAGGCAAAGCUCACUAAACAAA